UGCCUCCCUCCUUUCCUUUCUCCCUCCCUCCCUAUUGUUUUUGUUGUCGGUUUGGUUUUCGAGUUAGGGUCUCACUAUGUAACCCUGCCUGUCCUAGAACUCACUCUGUAGACCAGGCUGGCCUUGAACUCACAGAGAUCCCCCUGCCUCUACCUCUGCCUCCUGAGUGCUGGGAUUAAAGGCAUGCAUCACUAUGUUCGGCUCCGGAUUAGCUUUCUAGCCUGAGAUUGUAGCCUCCUCCAAACUUAUUUGUGUCCGUGUCAUCCAAUACAUCAGUGAUGGAACUCAAUCAUUAGCCACAUUUUGGUGGAAGGAGAGAACCGACUCCCGCAAGUCGUCCUGUGACAUCCACACACGUGCAGAGGACAGAAUGACUGAGAACAUGAAGGAGUGCUUGGCCCACACCAAGGCGGCUGUAGGGGACAUGGUGACAGUAGUGAAGACAGAGGUCUGCUCACCACUCCGGGACCAGGAGUAUGGCCAGCCCUGCUCUAGGAGACCAGAGCCCUCUUCCAUGGAAGUUGAACCCAAGAAGCUGAAGGGAAAGCGUGACUUCAUUGUGACCAAAAGCUUCCAGCAAGUGGACUUCUGGUUCUGUGAGUCCUGCCAAGAGUACUUCGUGGAUGAAUGCCCGAACCACGGUCCCCCCGUGUUUGUGUCCGACACGCCAGUGCCUGUGGGCAUCCCAGACCGGGCAGCCCUCACCAUCCCACAGGGCAUGGAGGUGGUAAAGGAAGUUGGUGGGGAGAGCGAUGUGCGAUGUGUAAAUGAGGUCGUCCCCAAGGGCCACAUCUUUGGCCCCUAUGAAGGGCAGAUCUCUACCCAGGACAAGUCAGCUGGCUUCUUCUCAUGGUUGAUUGUGGACAAGAACAACCGCUACAAGUCCAUAGAUGGGUCGGAUGAGACCAAGGCCAACUGGAUGAGGUACGUGGUCAUUUCCCGGGAGGAGAGGGAACAGAACCUCCUGGCAUUCCAGCACAGCGAACGCAUCUACUUCCGGGCAUGCCGAGACAUCCGGCCUGGAGAGUGGCUGCGGGUCUGGUACAGCGAAGACUACAUGAAGCGUCUGCAUAGCAUGUCCCAGGAAACCAUCCAGCGCAACCUGACCCGUGGAGAGAAGAGGUUGCAGAGGGAGAAGGCUGAGCAAGCCCUGGAUAAUCCAGAAGACAUAAGGUGUCCCUCUCAGUUCCCUGUGUUGAAACAGGGCAGAAGUCCCUACAAGCGCAGCUUUGAUGAGGGGGACAUACACCCUCAGGCCAAGAAGAAGAAAAUAGACCUCAUCUUCAAGGAUGUGCUAGAGGCCUCGUUGGAGUCCUCUAACGUGGAAGCCCGGCAGCUGGCACUGAGCACCUCUCUGGUCAUCCGGAAAGUCCCCAAGUACCAGGAUGAUGACUAUGGUCAGAGUGCAGCUGCCAUGACACAAGGCAUACAGAGUAUCUGCAGGACCCAGGGGGAAGGGGACUGGAAGGUGCCCCAAAGGGUGGCCAAAGAACCAUUGGAGGAUGAAGAGGAGGAGCCUGCAUCAUUCAAGGCCGACAGUCCUGCUGAGGCCUCUCUGGCAUCCGACCCCCACGAGCUACCCACCACCUCCUUUUGCCCUAAUUGCAUUCGUCUGAAGAAGAAAGUGCGCGAAUUGCAGGCAGAGCUAGAUAUGCUUAAGUCUGGAAAGCUGCCUGAGCCCCCCAUUCUGCCACCGCAGGUACUGGAGCUCCCUGAGUUCUCAGAUCCUGCAGCCUCAGAGAGCAUGGUCUCUGGCCCCGCCAUCAUGGAGGAUGAUGACCAGGAAGUGGAUUCUGCAGAUGAGUCUGUCUCCAAUGAUGUGAUGACAGCAACCGAUGAACCCACCAAGAUGUCCUCUGCCACCGGACGCCGCAUCCGGCGCUUCAAGCAGGAGUGGCUGAAGAAAUUCUGGUUCCUACGAUAUUCCCCAACCCUCAACGAGAUGUGGUGCCACGUGUGCCGCCAGUACACGGUGCAGUCCUCACGCACUUCCGCCUUCAUCAUCGGCUCCAAGCAGUUUAAGAUCCACACCAUCAAGCUGCACAGCCAGAGCAACCUGCAUAAGAAGUGUCUGCAGCUGUACAAGCUGCGCAUGCACCCAGAGAAGACAGAGGAGAUGUGCCGCAACAUGACUCUGCUCUUCAACACUGCCUACCACCUGGCACUGGAGGGCAGGCCCUACCUGGACUUCCGACCGCUGGCAGAGCUGCUGCGAAAAUGUGAGCUCAAGGUGGUAGACCAGUACAUGAAUGAGGGGGACUGCCAGAUCCUCAUUCAUCACAUCGCCCGGGCACUGAGGGAGGACCUGGUGGAGCGCAUCCGUCAGUCACCCUGCCUCAGCAUCAUCCUGGAUGGGCAGAGUGACGACCUUCUGGCUGACACAGUGGCCGUCUAUGUGCAGUACACCAGCAGCGAUGGGCCCCCAGCCACAGAAUUCCUAUCCCUGCAGGAGCUAGGCUUCUCCAGCACAGAAAGCUAUCUCCAGGCGCUUGACCGGGCCUUUGCUGGUCUGGGCAUCCGCUUACAGGACGAGAAGCCCACUGUCGGCCUGGGAGUGGAUGGGGCCAACAUCACGGCCAGCCUGCGUGCCAGCAUGUUCAUGACCAUCCGCAAGACACUGCCCUGGCUGCUGUGCUUGCCUUUCAUGGUGCACCGGCCCCACCUUGAGAUCCUGGAUGCCAUCAGUGGGAAGGAGCUGCCCUGCCUGGAGGAGCUGGAAAACAACCUGAAGCAGCUACUCAGUUUCUACCGCUACUCACCGCGUCUCAUGUGUGAGCUGCGCUCCACGGCCUCCACCCUGUGCGAGGAAACGGAAUUCCUGGGGGACAUCCGUGCCGUGAGGUGGAUCAUUGGUGAGCAGAAUGUCCUGAACGCCCUCAUCAAGGACUACCUGGAAGUGGUGGCCCACCUCAAGGAUGUCAGCAGCCAGACACAGAGGGCAGACGCUUCAGCCAUUGCCCUGGCCCUGCUGCAGUUCCUCAUGGACUAUCAGUCCAUCAAGCUUAUCUACUUCCUACUUGACGUGAUUGCCGUGCUCUCACGCCUGGCCUACGUCUUCCAGGGAGAGUACCUCCUGGUGUCGCAGGUGGACGACAAGAUCGAGGAGGCCAUCCAGGAGAUCAGCCGGCUUGCAGACUCCCCGGGGGAGUACCUGCAGGAAUUCGAGGAGAAUUUCCGAGAGAGCUUCAAUGGGAUCGCCGUGAAGAACCUCAGGGUGGCCGAGGCUAAGUUCCAGUCCAUCAGGGAGAAGAUCUGCCAGAAGACACAGGUCAUUCUGGCACAAAGGUUUGAUUCCCGAAGCCGGGUCUUCGUGAAGGCCUGCCAAGUGUUCGACCUAGCCGCAUGGCCCAGGAACAGCGAAGAGCUCCUGAGCUUUGGCAAGGAAGACAUGGUCCAGAUCUUCGACCACCUGGAAGCCAUUCCUACCUUCUCCCGGGAUGUGUGCCGUGAAGGGGUGGAUCCCCGGGGGAGCCUGCUGAUGGAGUGGAGAGACCUCAAGGCUGAUUACUACACCAAAAAUGGCUUCAAAGACCUCAUCAAUCACAUCUGCAAGUACAAGCAAAGGUUUCCGCUCUUGAACAAGAUCAUUCAGGUCCUUAAAGUCCUCCCCACCUCCACUGCCUGCUGCGAGAAAGGCCGCAGUGCCCUCCAGCGGGUCCGCAAAAACCACCGCUCCCGCCUCACCCUGGAGCAGCUCAGUGACCUGUUGACAAUUGCUGUGAAUGGACCACCCAUUGCCAACUUUGAUGCCAAGCGAGCCCUGGACAGCUGGUUUGAGGAGAAGUCUGGCAACAGCUACACACUGUCAGCCGAGGUCCUCAGUAGGAUGUCUGCCCUGGAGCAGAAGCCCAUGCUGCAGGCCGUGGACCACGGCUCUGAGUUCUACCCAGACAUGUAGGGGGCCUGCACUGCAGAGGUCACAAAGCCGGUGAAUAUUUUUUUAAUCUAUACUCAUAAGCUUUGAUAUAUUAUAUAAAUAUAUUAUAUUAUAUAUAUAUAAAACCCACACUGAAAUUUUUUUAAAAACUAAGGUGAUGUGCCACCAGAAGCUACUGACAGCUUUUUGAAAGGAGCAAUGUUGGCAACUGACUCUCGUCUCCACACUCGGCAGCUGCAACUCAUCCUCACUCAUGCGAGCGUGUUCUGGGGCCACACAUGUUCCCACCAAACAUAAAAGCAGCAUAAGCUAAAUGGUGAUUCUCCUCGUCACUUUCAGGUGGCUUGUUCUGUUUCUGUUCUCAUGUAUUAGUUGACGGGCUGGGGCUUGGGGCGACACUCUCGCCUUCUCCUUUUUGGUAUGGUUUUAUGACUGGAGGGUGGCGGUUGUGGUCUCCUGGUUGGCAUUCUGUUCCGGUCCAGUUACAUUGUGUCCGGGUUUCCAUGGGGUGAGUUGGGUUUCUGGAUUGGACUGUCUGGUCUUGCUCCCAUCACCUGACUUCAGCUUGGGAGAUCUUUCUUUGUGCAUUUUCUGAGUGAUUCCUUCACCUGUCUCACCAGCAAAUGUGUCAGUCCCCCUUAACUGUGAACCCGCCACAUCCCGCCAUGCCACCCCUCCAUCCCUAGGUUGUCCGUUCCCUUCUUCAGGCCUCUGGAGGUUAAAGAUAUUAGGUGUUACACUGAAGGCAACUUUUUUUUCACACUUGAGCUUGAAAUCUGGUGAACAGAGAGAGGGGUGAGCUUUAUGCCUCAACAGAGGAUAAAACACUAUAUUUCCAUUCACAUGGAGGCUGUUAGGGAGACAGUGAGCCAAGAAAUCUAAACCCCAACAGGACCGCAAUUUUGGCUAAAAACAAGUAAAAUGAAAAUUGUAUGUUCAACUUCCACAGAUUACCUGUAUUUCUUUUAGUUAUGAAAUGUGGUGGGGGAUUUGGGUUUCUUUUAGUAACUAAGGAGCAGCUGUUUUGUAGUUUGAGGACAGAAUCCGUCAAUGCAAGUCAUGUCCUGGGUUGUACAGAACCCAGGUGAGAGUUCUUAGAGAGGUUGCCCCUUUGCAACAGGCUGAUGAUAUGCUAUGUAGCCUGGCAGGUAUGUCAGGACACCGGGCAGUUUCUCUGCCUAUCAACUCCUCCUAUUUUAAGUAGGGUUGAGAUGUCCUAAAGAAAAGGAGAAAACAGGAAGUGAGGCAGGAUUCUCAAGGUACAAACAUGUGUGCACAACUACACACACACACACACACACACACACACACACACACACACACACCACACUGCAGCCACAGUAUAAGCUUUAGGAAUGGCCGCUUGUCUCCCUCCACCCAGGGCAGACAGUGGUUUAAGCUAGAGGAGUCUGACCAAUGUUCAUUUUUCUACCAGUAUACCUCACAAAGGGUUUUCAGAAGUGUGCGCGAGCUGUUAAUACCUCCCCUCCUGUUUCCACAUCUGGUCUGUGCAGAUCCCAGAAUGUGGAUACAGGUUGUGUAUGGGGAAGGGAGGAAGAUCCGAAGCACCUGCCCAUGGUCAGUUCUGCAGUGAGCUGUCUCUCUCCUUCGUGGGGAUAUUAGAGAUCCAACCACAGGCAAGGCCCCCAUGCCCUCAACCUGCCUAGCUGGGCCUAUAACUACAUGGUAGCUUCCUUCCUUUUGGGUUCGUCUCAUCUCUGAGGCCUCAUGGAAACGUCAUUAACACUGAACAUGUUGCUACCCUUUCCCGGUUCUGCAGUCUGUCCGUCCUCCCUCAGAUCCUCCCUUUGCCUCCAUGGUCUUGGUGCUAAGAUAACUUUAGAAUCAUUGCUGCUAGCCAAUAGCUUUUCAUGAUAUAAAUAUAUUAUAUAUUAUUUUUGAAAUGUUUUUGUUUUCAAGAGUGAUGUAGCAUGUUAAAACAAGAAACAAAACUAAGCAAACAAAAAGCUGGGUCCUUUCCAACUGUCCCACUGCCAGGCUCCUUAUGCUGCCUUCUCCAACAAGGAUAUACCCUGCCUGGUGACCUUUCAUCCCUCGCCUCACUCUGGUCCCCAUCUUUACUCCCUGCACUCUGAGCAGCGAGGGUUAGCAGGAACUAGGGAAGGAGUACCCAGAGCCCUUUCAGAGCCUUGGGAGUCUCCAGCCUCAUCCCACUCACCAGCUCUAGCUGGUGUCUCCCUCCAGCUGCCCCUCCCACUGCUGGCCAAAGCUUGGCCGGAGCCACAUGGGCUGCUGUUGUGAAGCACAAGGUCUCCCAUUUGCCCUACUCCUGCCCUGGGACCUCGUCUCCUCACAGACAGGCUGGUCUGGGGAGUUUUCAUUGAAAAUUGAAUGAACCAAGGGGGGUUCAGAGUAGGGAUGGCUGGCAAGGCAGGUCUCUCAUGGACAGCCUGCAGGCAUAAGAUGGUGGCCUGGCCUUUCCCUCUUGCCAACAGUUGCCUUACGCCUCUCCUCCCCAGUGAAGGGGGCUUCCUCACCUGGGAAAGGCCCUGUCUGGGAUGGCUAUAGGCCAGACAUGAAACCAGGAUUGACUGUUGCCUCCCAAGAGGUUAUGGCUGAGCAAACUCAAGUCGUCAGCCACAGAGACAGGUUCUGCCAUCCCAAGCCAAUGUUAACCUGAACCCCCUUAAGACACCCAGGAGCAGUAGACCUGCCUUGAGGCCUAGAAGAAUGAACUGUUCUGGCAGAAUGCGACUGCAAACAGUCAUCCAUUUCCUGGUCCUCUGUCUCCCUGACAACCACACACCUGUUCUCUGCCGCAAUGGCCUCUGCCUCAGAGCCUCUGAGAAGCUGAGCUCUCAUGCUGUCUUACAUUCGGCUAGGUGCCUCUGAAACUCUGGAUGCUGGUGACUCUGGUUCAGCCAAGCAGGGCUGUGACAGAUGCCCUACAGGCCACCUUGCCUCAGGAUGGUGAGUGACUAAGGAAGGAUGUGGAUGAACCCCACCACCACCACCCAUCCCACAGUCUUUUCCCACCUUGCAUGCUCCUGGGAGGUCAGGGCUUCUGCCCAGUGAAUUUCAUUUUUGAUGCCUGGUGAUCUCAGGCCUCGGGCCUUUCCCAUGCUCCUCUUAAAGAAGGGUGCCUGGUUCCCUUCAUAUCUUGGCUGGUUUAACAGACUGGAGAGGCAGACCUUGCAGUAUAAAUGCAGGUGUUUUUGAUGGGACAGGGCCCUGGAACUCAGUCCCAGGUGUAGAAGUGGUAGUCAUGGGCAUAGAAUGAGUGUGUCUGUGGGGCUGACACUUAUUCGCUCUGGGAUUACUAAUAGUGACUUUCCUUGGCUCACGGUGAGAGUAGGACGUGCAACGGUGUUGAAGACUGAUGCUUGUGUCUGCUGUGCCAACCAGGUUCCUUGCAGAACCACAUGGUUGAAAUGUUCUCCUGAGCAAACUCCUUAGCGUGUGUGAGACAGGAGGACUACUCAGUCCAUGGGCAGUCCUGCCCAGUUAGAAUCCCUGCAGGGACAGCAGAAUUCAGGCAUCAGAAGUGUCAGGUCUGUUUGUGGCAUUUCACGAUGCAGGUACAUCUGCCUUGCCCCAUCCUCACUGGGGAAUGAGAGCCCACUGCACUCCAGGACCCUCUGGAGCCAAGUUCUGCCUGGAGCCCUUGAGUCUGAGGUGCCUGGAGUCCCCCGGGCUGUGUGUUCCCAACUUGUGUUGUUUUGCUGAGGUUUCUCGUUGGUUUGUUCAUACCAGACCUUUGAUUUUGUGCAAGGACCUUGGAGUGAUGUAAAACACCCUUUUAAGUGUUUUUCCUUUGUUUGGAGGAAGAGAAACGGAGGAAGGUGUAAAGGUGGACGUGGCCGUAGAGAUAGAAAUGGACUUCAGAUGUUACCCAGCCUGAGCUUGAGGGCUGCAGGCCAUUGCUGCCUACCUGGAGCUAGAUGGGACCAGGAGAGGCCACCUGGGCUGAAGUCUAAUUAUUUCUGUUUUCUAGAACACUCCUUUGUUUUUCACUUCUGCCUCCCUGGAAACAGGCAUUCAACAUCUUAACCUGGUCUGUGUUAAAUUAUAAAUCAGAUUUGUGCUUUUUUUGUGGUCCAUGCACCCCAUUUGCGCAUAGGCCCCAGGUUCACUGGAGCUCAUGUGUGCCCUGGGUGUCCUUUAGGAGGCAGCCCAGUCAGACUGGGCUAGCAACGGAAGCAGGGAGAGUAGUUCCCCGAAGUGAGGGAAGGAGAACACAGUAGGCAGUUUAGGUGGGAUCACUCCUUUAUACACUGCUCUGGGUUCUAAUUUGACCAUUCCUCCAAUCCUCAAGGGAGAAAGUGCAUCAGAUGUGCAUGGUCCUUCUCCUCAGAGGAACGCCCUUCACUUGUCCUCUGUCAGUCAGGGCGGUUGUAAGAGUCUUUGAGGUAGUAAGAGUCUUUGCAUGUUAAUCAGAGGGCGAUAAAGUGCCCUUUGGAGAGGAAAAUAGUAUGGCCCUCCUCUUCCAUCUAGCACACUCUCCCCUUCCCCAAUCCCUUCAAUGGCAUCACCCUAGAAAUACCUAUGCAAUCCAGCCUCCCCAGGAGGCUGUGCAUGGAGGCAGGGGUAUGUGCAGUGUAUCAUACUGAUGCUAAGGCAUAUCAAUUGUAUAUACCGACAUAUACAGAACGUAUACACGCAGAGUGAGAGAGUAAAUCACGUCUAUAUAUAUAUAAAUAAUAUCCUAUAUAUUUAUAUAUUUCUAUGUUUUAAAUAGAUAUAAAAAUAGUCUAUAGAGCUGGAAAGGUGGUGGGCACACCUGGUGCUGGGUUGGGCAGAGGGGAGGGUGGAGACCGAGCUCUGGAGGGGAGGUGGGAAUGCUCAUUAAGCUGGAUUGCUGGCCACUGUGGGGCCCCUUCCUUGGGGUGUUGGAGAGGAGAGUGGCUGGGUCCCAGCUCUCCCCAUGCACUUUCUCUCCUUCCUGGCCAGCUCAGGCUGCGGUUGGAAGGAGACACCCCUGAGGUCCAGCUGCAGCAGCCCCUACCUCUCCCUUGCUGUUUGGCAGUAGGGGCUUGGACUUGGUCCAUGACCCCUAGUGGAGGGAUCUCUGCACAAACUCCCUAAUGCCCUCCCCUAUCAGGAAUGAGCAGCAUUGAUGGCAAUAGAAAAGGAGUAUCUGGGAUGACAGUUGUCUGGAACGAUGUCAUCCCCACAUCCCAGAUGCUUCUGUCUACCCGUGGAGACCAAACCUGUCAAGUACAGCCGUUCUGGCCUCCUUCACCCAUCCAACCACUGUCUCUAGAGCACCAGGAGUUGAGGAAGGCAGCGGGAGCUUUAGGUCGUACUGCCUCUCCCCAUCCAGAGGCCCCACCUGGUGGAAGAGAUAUAGCUGCACACUGACAUUUUCAAUGGCAACUCAAGUUCAGGAGCUGGGCCUUGGCCCAGCCCACUCCGCACAGCCACAGCUGCUGGCUGUACUCAGGACAAUGCUGUCCCCUCUUCCCAAACCAACAAGUAGCCCAACCCACCUCUGCUGCUGUGACGGCAGGUUUAGGUUUAGUUCACAAACACUGUUCUCAUUCUGUCACUGGAUGCCCAAGCCCACUCUCUCUGGGGAGGGUAUCUUCUUCAGCUUGUCCCAAAACAACCCCCCAAGUUGGGUGGGGAUGCCUGGGAGCCCAGGGAGUCUGGCCAGCUGGCAGCAUGGCAGAGGGCUUGGGCUGUCAGAUGGGAUUCAGAAGCCUAUCUCUCCCAGUGCCCUCUAUUCCCUUCUCUCUCCUGGAAGCAGAAAGGGUCUAACAACAGGUACCCCCCCCCCUGCUCUCCAGACCAGCCUGCCUCUGGGCUCCACAAACGCACUCAUUUCCCAUACCGAGCCUUCGCGGGUGUUCCCCUGCUCUUCCUCACCAUGCUACCAACGGACCUCAGUCUUCAGCAGACCAGUCCCAGACCACAAUAGAGACCAGGUCUGCUCUACCAGUGCCACUUCCUUGAGCCACAGCUAGCUGCGAACCAGGCUGAACACCCUCUAGUGCCUGGCCCAGUGGAGCUCAGGACCCACGGCCUGAGCCUUCCUCCCACUAAAGUGGGUCAGAGCCUGGCCUGGGGAUAGGCAUUCCCAGUAGCAAUCCCACAAUGCACUGUACCUCAGAGAGAGAGAACAUGCCACAGGGCAUCGAGGGGACCAGCCGCCGUGCAGAGGGGGCAACCACUCACAAUACUGCUCGUAAGAAGACAAUGGCCAGGAUGUCCUAGGGUGUCCCUCAGUUUACCCUUUGACCUCUCUGGAAGAACCAGUAGUCUUUAUCAGCCCUGGUCUCUCUCCUCCUCUCCACCCCCAUGCUGCUGAACCAUUUUCAUGCCAAUCACAAAGAAAAACAAUUAAGUGGGGGUGGGGGGAAUUCAUAGGAGCCUAUUACCACAUGCAUAUUAAUAUGUUAAUACUUUCUUUCUUAAGAACAACUCUCAAUGUUAUUAUUUGGCAGACUGUGCUUUAUAGUACCUGUGUGUUGGGGGCUAGAACACUGGAUACAAAUAGAGCUAUGCUGGUUUAUAAUCUGUAUGCAGAGUCUUUCCUUUUGUCACAUUAUCCUUGUAAUGUAAGGAGAUUAUUAAUAAAAGCAUUUAAAUUGA